CAUCGAGGGACCUCUGGCCAAGUUCUCUCGCUCACUCUGCAAAAAGCUGCUAGGCUACGGGCGAGGACGAUGGCAGCAUUUUGACUCGUGGGUGAUGUCCUGAUUAGAGACUGCCCGCUAUCCUUGCCAUUAUCAGGCCACCAUCAAUGUUCAUACAACAGCACGGCUUUCUCCAAUCGCUAAGAAAAGACGCCCAAGUGCCCCGCCAUUCCACCUGCCGCCAGUUUGCCGACUUGGGCGUCGACAACUCGGAGUCACAACGUUCCCAACGUGUACGAUCUGAUCUUUCACUGCAUAGCAGCCGACGUCUGGACGCCUUGCGACACACAUCACACAUCAGCCCAUAGGGGCUCCCACGCCGUGCAUCGCCGCCAUGGCGCCGGCCGAUACUCUCUCCCCACCGGGGUCGAGUUCCUACUCGUCCGACACCCUGACGGUCGGCGACGGAACAUGGGACUUCACCAAAAACACAUUUCUCCUGCCGAACCUCGUGGGUCUUAACUUCGAGACAAUGCGGUACAAUGGCAUGGGCAACCGCUUUGCGACGGUGUCCGAGUAUCACUCCUUGAUUCUCGGCCAUGGAGUCCUUGCCGCAAUGACGUUCCUCUUCAUCGUCCCGAUUUCCGUCUUGUUAGCAAGAUUCCACACCCGCCAGCCGGGGACCGCCAUCCGCUAUCACGCAUACCUGCACAUAAUUGCUGUCGGGCUGAGCACGGUCGUCUUCGUACUGGGCUUCAUUGCCGUCGGCCCGCCCCGCAACCUCACAAAUCCGCACCACGGCAUUGGCGUGGCCAUCUACGUCCUCAUCCUGCUCCAGGCGCUGGGCGGUCGCCUGGUGAGGAAGCUCAGCGGCCGUUCGUUCCGACUGCACAUCCACCGCUGGCUUGGCCGCGCUAUCACGCUCCUGGGCAUCGUGCAAGUCCCCUUGGGUCUAACACUAUACGGCUCGCCCAAGUCCUUGUUCAUUCUCUACGCUGUUUGGAUGGGCUUCCUGCUGCUGCUCUACUUCAUCUUGGAUUACCGCGACUAUGGACGUCGUGACUUUAACAGGGGCCGCGCCCGGACUCCUGUCGAAGACGAGAGCAGCCGAGUGACGGAGAAACACGGGGGCAAGAUGAAGUGGCUCGCCCCGGUCGCUGCCGGCGCCGGCCUGUUGGCACUGCUUCGGGGCCGCAAGAAGCACAGGGAUGCCGAACGGGGCUCGAGUCGGAGUCCCAGCCCGGUAGAUCGACCGCAUCGCGCCACUGUUAUCUCAUCGCGACGAGCGUCCGAUAGCUACUACGACGAUGACGAGAAGCUGCCGGCGCGUGGGCGCGAGAGCGGCGGCGGAGGCUUCAUGAACAAGAUUUUUGCGGCGGGCGCAGGGCUGGGCGCCGGUGCGUUGGUCUCCAAGAUGAUAAACCGCGGAGACAGGCGUUACGAUGAUGAGUACUCGGCUGUUGCGACCGACACCCCAAGCCGUGUCCGGAGACAGCCGGCGAGGAGCGAGUUUACGGAGAGCGAGUAUACGGAGAUGACGGAGGACGUCCGGAGACACCCGAGUCGCCGUGACGAGGAAUCAUCCGUCCUCCCGGCUCCCGGUGGGCGGAGAGCCGGUGGUAGGCCACCACCCAGGCCAGCGACGCCGCAGCGCUCACGCGCGGCGACCUCGAGGUUUGACAGCACUCUGGACGGCUCGGACUAUUCAUCCUACGUCAGCCCCUCUAGAAGAACUCCGGAACCGAGGAAGAGCAGCGGCAUCGGAAAGGGCCUGCUCGCCGGGAUGGGGCUGGGCUUCCUAGCCAAGAUGGGCAAGGAUAGACGUGAUCGGAGAGAGGAGGAACGGCUGAGGGAAGAGGAGGAUAGGCGCCGGGAAGAGGAAGACAGGCGCCGGGAAGAGGAGGAAGAGAGGCGGGCGGGCCGCCGAAGCUCGAAGUACACAGGCGACGGCUACCCGACCCCGUCGAGGCGAGACUCCAAACGGCGAUCAUACAGGCCUCCGCCGUCCGGAGUUACCGUGACCGAGACGUCGGUCCUUUCGGACGAGUCUUCGAUCGAGCCGCGCGGGAACACGCCUUACGAUCCCGCACCACCAGGAGUCCGGCCGCCGCCGGCCGCCCCGCUCCCAGCGGCGGGGGCGCCUGUCGCUCCAGGGGCGUACGCCGGAGGUGCGCCCCCGCCUCCCGCGCCAGUGCCCGUUCCGGCCGCAGGCACAGCAACUGACUACACCUCGCGGUACGACGUGGCCGAGUCUGUCUCCAUGCCGCCCAUGCCGCAAGACCCCCACGGCAUCCUGCAUGGCGACUCGGACGGCAGCGAAGCUUACGCAUCCCCAACCAGCAACCGCCGGCGAGGCUCCCUCGGCCACUCCCAACACUCGGCCGUCAAUGUUCACGUCCGCGUGGGCAACAAGGGUGACCGCAGCAACAUCACGCUGCGCCGGCUCACCUCGGAAGAGGCAAGCGGGACAGGCACUCGCGGCCGCCGCCGCCGGGCGGACUCGGUGAGCAGCCUCUCGGGCAAUGAGACGCCUACGGGAAGCGGCGGCAGGCGCUACCGCCGCCGCGACUCGUCUAGCCGGGGCAGGGCUGAGGCCGCGGCCGAGCAUCGCGUCGAGACCGGCGCUGCCGCACCGCCAUCCGAAUUGGCAGGUGAGGGACUAGAGCCGCCCAAUCCGGCAUUCGCGAGGCGGCGCGACGGCGGCAACAAGGAUUCCGCUUAUUAUUCUUCGGGCGUCGGCCCGUCGGGCGGCGUGCCCGGGGCAGGGGCGACCGUGUCUAGCUUAGGGGGCAGCCCCGCGCCGCUGGCUGGGGCCGGGGCCGGGCCCGGCGUGAGCCCGGGCGGGAGCCAUGCGACGUUCACGAGCGGGCCGUUGACGGAUGGGGCGGCGGCGGAUCGCAGGCGUAGGAGGAGGUUGGAACGGAGGGAUGGGAGCCGGCAUCCCGCUUCGGUUGAUUACAAUUGAAGCUGAGAGGAAGAGAAGGAACGGAGGAGAGAUGCUAAGGUGAGGGAGGCGGACUGGUGGCCCGGUUGCCGCGUGAAUGGUGUGGCUCAACUUCCUUCACGGCGUUCUGGGAAGCAAAGUUCUUCAUGAAAGUUCCAUUGACGGGUUAGGUAUGUAUGUAUGUAUGUACGUGUGUAUGUAUGUAUGCAUGGUUGAUGAGAAGGAAGGAUGAUGAGGACUUUCUUUUGUACGUAUGAUAUGGUUCUACGGUUGGGAUCGAAUAAUGAACGAAGGAGGACGUUGUUGAGAUGGGGGGCAGGUGGCUACACUAGAGUACUCGUUCAAUAUCGAAUAUACGAUGAUGCUUUUCCAUACCA